AGGAUAUUUUGCUCGAGUCCAUGGCGUCAGGCAGCUUCUAAAGGCAUUUCUACGGAAGACAGAAUGUAACUGUCAAAUUCUGACCCUUGGGGCUGGGAUGGAUACCACCUUCUGGAGGUUAAAGGAUGAAGAUCUUCCACCAAGUAAAUAUUUUGAAAUUGACUUUCCAAUGAUAGUCAGGCGAAAGCUGCACAGCAUCAAGGAAGUGUGGCUUUGGCCGGAAGCAAGAGCCUGGUGGCAUUCCGAACCAGCCCCUGGUGGACAGCAGGUCUGAGUGCAGGACACCUCAUUUGUAGACAGUUGUCAAAAUGCACGGAUCAAGAGGGAUGCGUGUCAACAUGUGUACAUUUUGCCUCCAUUUUCUUCUGAAGAUAUUUAUGUAUGUAUUUAUGUAUUUAUGUAUUUCUUUAUUUUGGCUUCGUUAUGUUGGGUCUCCACUGCUGUGCACAGGCUUUCCCUAGUUGCGGUGAGCGGGGCUGCUCUUUGUUGCAGGGCAAGAGUUUCUCAUUGCGGUGGCUUCUCUUCUUGCUGAGCACGGGCUCCAGGCGGGCAGGCUUCAGUAGCUGUGGCACUGUGAGCUCAGAAGUUGUGGCUCGGGGGGCUCUAGAGCGCAGGCUCAGUCAUUGUGGCACUGGGCUUCAUUUUCCUGCGCAAGUGGCAUCUUCCCGGCACAGGGCUUGAACCCGUGUCCCCUGCCUUGGCAGGUGGAGUCUUAACCACUGCGCCGCCAGGGAAGCCCUUGCCUCGAUUUUUUUUUAAGAAAAAAAAAGAUGGUUGCUGGAAACUCACAAGCUGCAGGACAGUGUGUGCUGUGUGAUGCCGCUGAGUCAAAAAAGUCAAAGGCAAUUAAAUAUAUUUUACUUCUAUUUGAAUAGUAUUACUCUAGUACCGCUUUGCUUUUAUUAAUGAAAAUCUACCUUGAAUAUCAUUCCAUAUCAAAAAACAAGUCAGAAGCAAGGUGUGUUUUCUGCGAACAGGCGCUCGGAGAUGGACCCUUCAGAGCGGCUGCGAUGGCGGCCGCGUCCGGGGGGCCGGGGUGGUGGGGGCACUGGGAGAAUCACGGAAGCAGAGGAGACGGGCCCACCCUGGCGCUGCGAAGGCGUGAGGAGCAGCAGAGGCCCGAGGGGAGGCAGGUGCUUUGUUAGGGGCCUUGCCAGGCGGGUGUGGCCAAUCAGGAGCCUUGGAAUCCCGUGUUGUCUAGAAACCUCUUAUUGUGCUUUGAUUCUUAACCUCGCGCUGGCAGCAGCGCAGCGACAGUGGGCGGAAUUGUCCGACUGGGCUGGGCGCUUUUCGGUGAGCGGACCAGGUCAGUUCUAUGACCCGCUACAAUGUUCUCCUGGUUGGGUGGCCUGGACGGCAGCUUAGGCCAUUUCCUGGGGCAUGUGGGUGGUACAGUGGCAUCUUUCAGACACCAUAUUUCUGGUGUCCCAGAAGAUGUGCCGAGGGAGGGAGCUGAAGCAGUAGAAGAAGUACCUGACUCUACAACAGAGGAGGUUGAAAACUCUCAGCUGGUCUUCACCUCAGAGGUUGAGAGACUUAGAUUUCUUUAUAGUGAUCUGAAAGGGAAGUGUGAAGCUGCAGAACUUCAACUAAGGCAGCAAACUACUAGUUACAGGCAUCAAUUACAGCAGAAAGAUGGAGAAAUCAAACUUCUUACAGCAAGACAGAUAGAGCUACAGGAUCAGUUGCUAAAGCUGCAGUCGGUCAUCCAGGAAGUAAAUCUUGAGGAUGGCCUUGUGCCCUCAAAGAGUGUACGCUCUUCCCUGGGUUAUGAUAUCAGUCAGCAUGCUUUAGCCUUGCAGGAUGAUGAUAUGGACUUGGCGGACCUAAUUUGGUCACAACAAGAAAUCAAUAGAUUGUCAAAACACGUCGUAAGACUUGAGGCUGAUGUCAGCUAUUGGAGACAUUUUGCUCAGAAUUCUACACCACAAGGAGCAGAUAGCGUUGAUCUAAAGGAAAUCUACAAACUGAGAAAUACCAUCAAGCAACUUGAAGAGAAUCGAAAUAAGGACAUUGAUGACCAUCAACUUGAAGUGACGGUACUGCAGGACAUUCACCAACAGAAACUGGCAGAAAUAAGUCACAGGCAUCAAAAGCAAUCAAAGGACUACGAGGAAAGGAUUCAUGACAUGCAGGAAGCUAUGCAAGUCCUAGAAGCUGAAAAACUAGAGUCCACCAAGAAAAUCCAAAAACUCCAAGGACUUGAGAUUAGAGUAAAAGACCUUGAAAGAAAACUAUCUUCUGUAGAAAAGGAGAGGGAUGCUUUAAUUGGGGAACAAGACCAGGUAAAGGAAAGGAAUGCAAGCACGGAAAAAGGUGAGUUGCAGCCUUCUAUUAGGAGGCAGAGUGAUGCUGGGGCAGAAAAGGGAACAGUUCUUCCACAGAGUCCAUCCCUGGAAGAAGUGCCUGGACAGCAACAGCCACUGUCUGAUGCUGAAAAUGAAAUGAGCUUGAAUAGCUUAAAGUGGGAUAAAAAUCUGAUGGAAGAGAACCUGAAGCUUCAAAAACGAGUCCAAGUUUUAGAAAAAGAAAAUUCAUUGUUAAAUAAGGAAAAGGAAGAACUUCAACUAUCACUUGUCAAAUUGAGCAAUGACUAUGAACUCCUUAAAAGAACAGCUACAGGAGACAUGAAUUCGGAUUCAGAAGUACAUCAUUUAAGGUGUGAUGUGGAACUCAAAGAAGGAAAACUCGAUGAGAGUCCUACUGAAAAGAAAAUACUCAUCCCUGAGUUAGAAGAGUCAGACAGGCAGAAACAAAAAACUACAAUGCCUGUGGUUUUGGUGAAAGAGGAGCAAUCAGAACAACCCACUGAAGGAGACAGCAUCAUCAGGAAACUAAAACAAGAUCUAGAAUAUGAAAACAAGAGAGUCCGUCAACUUGAAGAUGAUACAAUGAAUAGUACUGAAGAGUUGCAUGGGCAAAAAGAAAAUUUAAUUCCUUUAGAAAUGGAAAAAGGACAGUUAGAGGCAGAAUUGUGUUGGGCUGAACAGAGCCUGUUGGAGGAAAAAAGGAAGCAGGAGCAAGCUUUCAAAGAACUGUCAGAUACAGAUAACCCAGACAGCUGUGCCUUACAGCUGGAGCGCGAGUGUUUAAUUAAACUCAGUCAAGAGAAAGACUAUGAAAUAUCAGAACUCAAAAACAAUAUUGAGCCGAUGAUUGCUGAGCACAAAGAAACUAAGGAAAUUUUGUCAUCUACUUUAGAAGAGCAGCAGCAACGGAAACAACUCAUAAGAGAGAAAGAAAUUUUUAUUGAAAACCUUCAAGGAAGUUCACAGCUUCAGGAGGAGUUAGAUCCGUAUGCUCAAGCCUUAAGAAAAAUGGAAAUUUUACAGCAAACCAUAGAGGACAAAGACACAAGUCUUGCAUCCAUGAAAGAAGAAAAUAGUCACCUGAAAGAAGAAUUGGAACGACUGAGGGAAGAACACAGUCAAACCCCACCUAUGAUGGACCCUAAAACUCUAGACAGUAUUGUAGAACUAGAAUCUGAGGGAUCUCAACAGAGCACAACUGAAGAUAAUCUGGAGAUUAAACCUCAUCCAAAGAUACGUGACGAUCAAAACCAGAGUGAAAUGCAGCUACUUCGAUCUUUACAAGAGCAGACACAGAAAAAUCCCAGGUACCAACACGAGCAGAUGACUAUUAAACACAAUCCGCUCUAUUCAGCCAAAGAGGAGGAAAUCGAGACUUUGCAAAAUGCAAUAGAGCAAACCAAAACCCAGUUGCCCGGAAAAUCCCAGCACACACCAACAGAGCAUUCCGAUACAUUCCAAGUAACAAACACUCAGAGUCUUAAUACAGAAAAUGGAAGUGAAAAGCAUGACUUAUCUAAAGCCGAAACUGAAAGAUCCGUACAAGAAAUAAAAGAACACAAAUUGGAGACUAAACGUCUAACUGAGAAGAAUACCUGUUUAACUGAACAGGUUGCUCAGCUGUCCAAGGGUGAGACUAGUAAACUAACUCAGCUUAUCCAGCAAAAAGAUUUGGAGAUACAGUCUGUUCACAUAAAAGUAUCUUCAGCUUCCUCCAGUGACCAAGAUAAUGGACAGGGCCAACAACAAUUGCCAGCGUAUGCUUUGGAAAGAGAACAAAUAUUAGCUGCUUUAGAUGCGAAGGCUUGGGGAAACUUGAGAAUGAUGGAUACCAUCGUUGCCAAAGAAGCAGACAUCGUGAAACUCAAAGAUGCAAAUACAGAACUCUCCACCAGAUUUGAAAGCAGUGCGGAUAUGUUUAAAGAAACAAUUCAGAAUUUCUCCCACAUCACUCGAGAAAAAUACAUGGAAAUGGAUGCUUUAACUCAGAAGUGUCAGACUUUACUGACAAUACUGCAAAUGUCCAGCAAUGAUGAUGAGGUGAGAGGUGUUUGUAUGGAUCAGUUUGAGGAGCUUCUACAGCAACGUGAUCGAUUAGAACAGCAAGUGAAGAUACUGGAAGAGUGGAAAGUGCAGGUGAUGACCACAGUACAAAAUAUGCAGCGUGGGUCAACCCAUCUUCAGAAGGUGCUUCAACAACUUCAGGCACGGGUUGUAGCUGAUGAUGAUCAUUCUAAACGACAGAUGAGCUGUACUGACCUGAUCAAAAUUUAUGAAGGGAAUGAAAUCAAACUCAGAAACUUGAAGGCACAAAGAGAGGAAGUUCAGUUGAGCCUAGAGCAGCUUUGCAAUACCAAAGAUAUCCUGUUGGGGAUGUCUGACCUUAGUUUACCACACCCCUCCAAUGAAUCACUUCCAUCCGAAUCAGCAGACUCUCGGAAGGCAAUGAAACCUGAGGUACCGAGCGAAUCGUCUACAUUGCUCGAAGAAGAGAUAGAAGAGUUAAGAAAACUCAUGGAGGAAAAAGAUGCAACCAUUAGAACCCUCCAGGAAGAUAAUCAGAGAUUAUCUGAUUCCAUCGCAGAGAGUUCGGAACUAGAAAGAAAACGAUGUGAGCAAAUGGGUCCAGAAAUGAAGCAGCUACGGGAGAAACAAGAUGACUUGCAAAACCUGCUUAAGGAAAAGGAGCUUUUAAUCAAAGCAAAAAGUGAUGAAGUACUUUCUUUAAGUGAAACUUUGACUAAUGAAGUGAGUGACAAUGAACUUUUGAGGCAGGCAGUAAAAAACCUGAAGGAGAGAGUCGUCAACUUUGAACUCGAUAUGUGUACACUAAAAGAGGAAAAUGAAAAAAUAGUAGAAACAUAUCGGGAAAAGGAAAGAGAAAACCAAGCACUGCAAGAGACAAAUACACGAAUUUCUAUGCUGCAGACCGAGAAAGAAUUAGAAUGUGUUGCAAUGAAGGAGAAGGCACUUACUUUUGAGUAUCUUUUGGAACACACAGAACUAGGCAAGACAGGGGAAUUAAAUCAGCUUUUAAAUGCAGUCACAUCCAUACAAGAAGCAAAGGUUAUGUGUCAACAGGAGAGAAAUGAAGCCAUGUUGGCACUGAAACAGAAACACAUGGAAAACCGUGCCCUCCAGAGUGAGGUUCCACAUUUACACAACAAAGAACUACCCUUAAAGCAGGAGCUGGAGAUAUCACAUCAGCGGGGGAUAGAAUCAUCUGAGUUUCAUAGCCAAGAAGCUUUGGCCGCACAAGACAGAGAGGCUAAACUAAGAACCAAAGUCACCACCUUGGGGGAGAAGCUCCUACUAUCUUCCAAUGCAAUGAAAAAUCAGCAAGCCCGUUUGCAGAUAGAGGCGUUGAAGGAACAACUGAAUGUCGUGGAGAAGCAGAGAGAGGACAUUUCGCGACAGCUUUCUAUUUCCCAAGACAAAGAAAAUCAGUGUGCAGAAGCACUAGUUAACCUGAGGACGGUGGUCGCAGAAUGGAUGGGAAAGGCAAAUGAUCUCAAGGGAAAACUAAUGUCGGCACAAGGACAGCAGGAGGAAGCAAAUGCUGCCUUGAAACUGAAGGAAGAAAAAAUUAAAGAUUUGAAAACACAAAAUGAGGUCCAACAGGAAAUGCUGGAUGAUGUACAGAAGAAAUUGCUGCACGUACUGAGUAACGCAGAAGGAAAAAUUGACAAGAGCCUCAUGAGGAACCUCUUCGUGGAGUAUUUUCAGACACCAAAACAACUUCGGCAUGAAGUGCUCUCCAUAAUUGGCAACACUCUGGGAAUCCGAGAGGAAGAGAUGGAUCUGGUUUUUAAGCAAGAGCAAGGCGGUGGUGCCAUGUGGAUGACUGGCCGGCUUGGAUCAAAAAGUGUCCCCAACACACCUGUGACACCAAAUCAACAGUCAAUGCCGAAGAAUUCUUUUUCAGAAUGCUUUGUUAAAUUCCUCGAAACAGAAUCUCGUCUCACUCUCCCACCACCAAAACCCACUGCUCGGGAUCCAAAACCUCUCAAUUCACCAGGAAAGAAAACACUAGAUGAAACUGUGCCAAGUCUUAAAACGACCUCGGAUCCACACUCAAAAAAACAUGUGAACCGAUGUCCCACAGGUAUCUCUCUGAUUAACCCACCUGGACCUGAACCAGAUGGAUCUCGGCAUCUUCUUUUAGACGCCGUUACUGAUGCUUUGCCCCCACACACACCCUUGCUGCUCUCCCCUGGCAAGGGGGCUGGAGUCAUGCUGAAAGGCCUGUCACAGCCAGGGGUGAUUCUUCAGCCAGAGACAAGAUGUUCUUUGAAGAAACCAAGUCACUGA